AUGCCAAAAAAGUUUCAUGGGCUGUCGUAUACUGCCAAACACAAAGACUCUGACAGAUUCCGGGAYAUCGUCGCUGGUAUCAAAGAAACACAGUUCAACGGGAAAAUGAUGGCGCAGAACGACCUGUUGAAGAUUCUUGGCCAACGAGGGGUAAAUCGACUGUUGGAACGGGACGGGGACAGGUACCGAGACCACGUACACUUACGCCGCUUGAACGAGUUGUUCGAUGACGCAGAGAACACGAUGGCGCAGAUAUUAAACGGCCGCGAACCACUGUCSGUCAUAUGUCACUUCGAUUAUCACYACGAAACUUUGAUGUUCCAGUACGACGAGAGAGAACAUCCGUUCGACGUGCUGCCCAUCGACUUUUUUAUGUUACAUUACGGAUCACCUGCGUUGGACCUAUCGUCGUUCCUGUACUUAUCUUCCACUCAGCGGGUGCGUGAGGAGCACUGGGAUGACUUACUGGACACAUAUUGCGCCGCGCUGGCCGCGUCCGUCCCACCCGGCGUCCAUGUCCCGGGUCGUCCCGAAAUCGACGCCGAGUUGGCCGCGACCGCCGUCAAUGGAUUCGCCAAAGCAUUGACUGACGUGCCGUAUUUGUUACGAUACCGAAGCGAUGAACUGGACUCCUUGGUGACGAGCGAGGAUCCGAUAGAAUACUUUCUGGCGUUGGGCGGUGACUUGGCAACCGAAUGCUUAGCCGACAUUGUGCAACAUUUAGUCGACAUGAGCUACACGAAUGUUGGACGUGACWUGCGCUCUGAUUCAGUGUAGGGUUUAAAUWCAAAAAUAUAUCGUCUGCCCACAUUGGUAGUUGAGCAAAUUUGAGCGUUUUGUGUUUUAAACACAUUUUGAUGAUUUACAUUUAAGUGUAGCUUAAUGAUAGAACUAACUUAUUCUCAUUGCAUUGUUUGUUGUUUUACAGUCAACUGUUAAGACUUAACCGCAACUUGGUGUUCAUAAAUCAUAAUAAUUGAAUGYAAUAGGUUAUACAUUUUAAGCCUACUUUAUUGUUUUAUGCUAAAAUACUAAAAUAGUAUAAGAUAAAACUAGAUAUUAUAUUGACACUAUAAAUUAUUAUAGUGUAUGAUAAUCGCAUAUCUUACUAUAAAGCAUUUUUAUCAUAUUAUAUUACUUAUUAAAUUAUUUUAAACCUGUUGAGUUAAGCACCUAUAUUUUUUAUUUAAAGUUCUUUUUUAACAUCGCGAAUUKAAAAUUAUGCGGCUUAGUAUCUAUAAAAAUAUAUAAGGGCUUCUGUUUUUUUGAGGUUUUUCUUCUCAUUGUUUUGUAUUUUAAGGARAUCACGUUGUUGACUUUAAGGAAUUGGAUUGGUGUUUUUAUCUUACGAUAGUGAAUAUUAAUUUUAUUCAUAUUAUUUUAUGAGAUAUAAUGAUGUACAUUGUACAGUCGACUCUCAAUAAUUCUAACCAUUGAUUAUUCGAAACUUUCGUUAAUUCUAAGUACUCGAUCAUCCCCAAAUAAAUCUGACAGUCUUUGAAUAAAAACAAUGCAUUUAGAUAUUAUACUCGAUAAUU